UCCAGGCAGGAGGGUGCUGCAGAGACCUGGUAUGAUGUUGAGCCUGCUGUGUCUGACCCUCUUCUUUGUGGGGUGCUCCAUUGCUGAGACCCCAGCACCUGUCUCUGAAGAUGUGCUGGUGGGCAUCGUGGGGGGCCACAAUGCCCCCCAGGGGAGGUGGCCAUGGCAGGUUAGCCUGAGGCGCUAUAGCUACUACUCUGCCUCUUGGGUACACAUCUGUGGAGGCUCCAUCAUCCACCCUCAGUGGGUGCUGACUGCUGCCCACUGCAUUCACAAGAGAGAUGCUGAUCCAUCAGCCUUUCGGAUCCAUGCUGGGGAUGUGUACCUCUACGGGGGCAAGGAGCUGCUGAGUGUGAGCCAGGUCAUCAUCCAUCGGAACUAUGUGAGUGGUGUCCUGGGUUCAGAUGUUGCACUGCUCCGAUUGAAGAACCCCAUUGACUCUUCUGCUAAUAUCAAGCCUGUCAAGCUGUCCUCUAGAUCUCUUCAGGUCACCUCGAAGAGCCGGUGUUGGGUGACUGGCUGGGGCAUGGUCCACAUGUAUGAAUGGCUUCCCCCACCCUUCCGCCUGCAGCAAGUGCAGGUACAGAUAGUGGACAACGCCCUCUGUGAGCAGAUGUUCCACAAUGCCACUUGGCACUACUACGAGGGCCGUAAAUUCAUCCAGGAUGACAUGCUGUGUGCUGGCAGCCAGGGCCGUGGGACUUGCUAUGGUGACUCUGGCGGCCCCCUCGUCUGCAUGGUAGCAGGCUCCUGGACCCUGGUGGGAGUGGUCAGCUGGGGCUAUGGCUGUGCCUGGUGGGACACCCCUGGAGUCUAUGCACGUGUGCAGUCCUUCCUGCCCUGGAUCACAUGGCAGAUAAAGAAGUUCUCCUGAGCCCAGUUGCUGGCCUCAUGCUAGUCAGCUGAUAGGUUGGCUGACUUCUGUCAGACCCACUGCCCUUUUCCCAGUCUCCUGGCCUUCUGGGAGCCCGGAUGUUCCUGACCCCAGGAAAAAAGCAGUGAUGCUGGCAGGCAGGAGAGAGCACUCUGAGGUGCUGGUGGAAAAUGGAGAGGAGUGGGAAUUUGCUAUGCAAGCAGCUGUUGAAGGCACCUUGGCUGUUUUGGC